UGUUCAAGCAGCCUAGUUUAACUGACAGAUAAUUAGACUUUGUGGGAAGAAUACUUUAAAUGUAACUUGUUGUUUUGUUUAUAUUCAAGAAAAAUUUAAGAUAAGCAUGUUUUUAAUUUAUUUUUAAAUUUCCUUAUGAAUAUUCUUAUAAAGUAUAUUCUUAUCAAGUGAGCGUGUAUUGUGUAAUGGACAAAACAUCAGCCAAUAAGAUUGUUUUGUUAGUCAUGUUAAGAAAACAGCUUGCUCUGUACUCUUCUCCUCUCUCAUCCCUUUGUAGGCCUAAGAAAUGUUUUCUAUGAUAAGUUGCAUAAAUUCUGGACAAUAUUUCAGGGGGAAAGGAAUACGUUGUUAUACCGUUUAAACUCAUAAUAUAACGGUAUGCGUGAUCUAUUAUUACAUACUUAAUUUAUCUUUAUCUAUUUGCAACCCCCUGAAUGUUUAUGAAAAUAUGAUUAUAAAUUUAGCUUGUGGAGUUCUUCAAAGAUUCAACGAAAGUCACAUCACGACCAGAACGUUCAUAGUAUGGUAAAAUUUAUUACUUUCUUUUCUUUUAUUGUUCUCAAAGAUAAAAAGGCGCUUAAAUAUAUGUCUUGUUCAACAGUUUCUGAUCGCCUCAUUAAUACUGUUGUUACUUUCUGACGUGAUUAAAACAGAACUUAUAUAAUCUAGAUAUUAAAAACAUUUAUAUCGCCUUCAAGAUAGAUCGGUUAAGUUGGGAGAAGUCAUAAAAGAAAGCUUUUUUCUUUACGUUUUGGAAAAUAAUGGAUUUUUUCAGACUGGCCGGCGCAUUAACAGAGGAAGAAGUUGAAGAAUUUCGUGAGGCGUUUUCCCUCUUUGAUAAAAAUGGCGUUGGUGCAAUAACUUCAAACGAAUUGGCUGUUGUGAUGAAGAGUCUCGGACAAACAACGACAGAAUCGGAAUUGCAGGAUAUGAUAAACGAAGUAGAUAUUGAUGGCAAUGGAACAAUAGAUUUUCCCGAAUUUCUCGCUUUGUUGGACAGAAAAACGGAAAGUUCAAAUUCGAAGGAGGAUGUUAAAGAAGCGUUUCGUGUGUUCGACAAAGAUGGCAAUGGUUACAUAAAUGCUAGCGAGUUACAGUAUGUGAUGACAACCCUGGGUGAAAAGCUAACUAACGAAGAAGUGGAAGAGAUGUUAAAUGAAGCAGACAUUGAUGAAGAUGGAGCGAUAAACUAUGAAGAAUUUGUAAAAAUACUGAUGGAGAAGUAAAUUACAUGCGAUUAAAGCUUCAAUGGCAUCCGAAAUUGAAAUGGUUAAAACGAAUCUGAGGAGAAAAUAUAUUUAUUUUUAUAUCUUAUAUGUUAAUAUGAAAUUAGUAAAAACGUUAGAAUGAUACUAAAGGCUCCAUGUUGAUACACUCGUCGAUAAUAAAAACACACAAUCAAAGUGCUUCCUGUGUAAACGUUAUAACGCAAACGAAUUCUGCAAACGAGGAAAAGAACUUACAUCUUGGAUGGAGAGCUAAAAUGUGAGUGCCAAUUUCUUACCUUUUUUAACAAAUGAAGAUUUUCAUACCCUAUAAUCCCAUUUUUUCAACCCUGUUUAUUCUCCCACCUUAACCUGAAACCUCCUGAAUUACUUACUAGAGAUUUCUUGCUGUUUUCAUAAUGAUAUUACGGCGCAAUAUUUUAUAUAAACGACUCUUAAGGUAUAUUUCUUGUGUUGCCCUCUGCUCAAUUUACACUACCUUGUACAACCCAAUUUCAACCAUGGGAACAAUCUCGUUUCCAGCAUGAUACAGCUUUUUAUGUUUUAUAUAAAGUUUCUAUAAAUUCCAUAUGUAGAACAUUGUGUCCUGAUUUUUUGUAAAAUAUCCAAUGUUGAUAA